AUGCGGAUUGUGGAAAGGGUGCAACAGGGAGAAGAUUAUGAAUUUGGCUUUGAUGGAGAUGGUACCCUUAUGCAAGGCUCCGAGGUAUGCGUGUCAGAUGUGGAUAACCUAAGAAAUAAAAUUAUGCAAGAGGCAUACUAUACACCUUAUAGUAUUCACCUAGGAUGUACAAAGAUGUACUAUGAUGUGAAGGAUAGGUCAGAUCAGCUAUCAUUAGUGGAGUUUGCUUACAAUAAUAGCUAUCAUUACAGUAUUGAAAUGGCACCUUAUAAGGCACUAUAUGGCAGGAAGUGUUGGUCCCCUCUAUGUUGGACAGAAGUUGGAGAAGCAAGAGUGCAUGAUGUAGAUCUGAUGCAAUAUACUUCGGAUAUGGUUCUUUUGAUCAAGGAGCAUCUGAAGACAACUUGCAGUAGGCAAAAGAGUUACGCAGAUCCAAGGAGAAAAGAUAUAAAAGUUAUAAUGGGUGAUUAUGUGUUCUUAAAUGUCUCUCCUAUGAAAGGGGUUAUGAGAUUUGGAAAGAAAGGGAAGUUGGCACCCCAUUAUAUAGGACAUUUUGAGAUCACAGACAAAGUGGGAGCAGUUGCUUAUCAAUUGAAGUUGCUACCAAACCUUUCUCAUGUCCACCUAGUGUUUCAUAUUUCCAUGCUUACGAAAUAUGUUCUCGACCCUUCUCAUGUGCUGUAA